AGCUUGACCUGCGAGUUGCGACGCUUUGUUAUCGACUUUCCGUCUAGUUAACUAUUCUAUAGAGUAAUCCAAGCGGCGCGGAGUUGUGCUGAUGGUACGUCUACGUCUAGGGUCGUAUGAAUAGCGCUGGGAUGUUUAGCCAGAGUUGUCGCUAAUAGUGUCCCCGUUGAGGGAUGUUGACUUGUGAGGAGUGAAAAGUUUUAUGACGGUAGCGAUGGCGGCGGGCGGGCGGCGCGCCGCAGGGCGCAUGCCCGCCACUGCGCCACUAUCGGUGCGCUGCCCCCUGGCGGCUCGCACCGCAGUGAAUUGCGUAACAAAGCACACUCGCCUUCAAACGCUACGCCGAAAACUUUCGUCCCGUGCGCGCUCGCGGAUUGUACGAGCGCAAAACGACUUAACUUUCCCGCGGCGCGCUUUUCCGAACCUACGCGAUAAUUUUAAGAAACUCACCCAUAUUUUCAGUACACCCAGGAUUUGCUUGCGGCUUUUGUUUUUUUUAAGUUGUUAAAGUUAGUAAGCGGAAAGUGGAAAAGCAUUGUGCGGUAAUUUAAACAGUGUAAACGUUACGUGUUGUGUUUAAUUGGUUAUCAUUUGUUUUAGUUUGCUUGUUUUGUUUAAUUUGGCGAGUGGUAGAAGCCGCCGGUGGCAGCGCUGGUGGGGAAUCGAUACCAACUGCGGUGGGAGCGGCGAAAGAUGGCAUCGUGAUGGUGCGGCGGUGGGCGCCUGCGCGAACGCGUUGAUCACUCCACAUGCCGACACCACUCUGCAGUCAGCAAAAAGAUGUCCUAAUAUGGAUUGGUCAUGCAUCGUGGCACGCGUCGUGGCUUUCUUCCUUAUGCUCAACCAAGUAUCGGCUCUCACGUCCGACAUUUUUGCAGCGGGAAAGUCGGACAAAGAGAUAUUGGACAACCUCCUGAAAAACUCCCGCUAUGAUAAAAGACUGCUUCCUCCCGUAGAUGAUCCAGAAUUUUGUUGUGGUCUAACAUCGCCCAAUGACUCUCUGGCUCAAAAUAGGGUCGGACUGUCAUCGCUGCGGCCCCGCUCGCACAAUCGCGGUGUCCUCACCGUAAAUGUUAGCGUGCUACUUCUUAGUUUAGCAUCUCCAGACGAAUCUAGUCUUAAAUACGAGGUAGAAUUCCUUCUACAGCAGCAGUGGUAUGAUCCGCGACUGCGCUACUCUAACCAGUCCCACUACGAUUUCCUCAACGCCAUCCACCACCACGAAGACAUCUGGCUUCCUGACACCUACUUCAUUAUGCAUGGAGACUUCAAGGAAUUUUCCCAGCACUCAUGGGACCCAAUAAUACCAAUGCACUUCGCGUUGCGUAUCUAUCGUAAUGGCACUAUAAACUAUCUGAUGCGGCGGCAUCUAAUAUUGUCCUGUCAGGGGCGGCUCAACAUCUUUCCUUUUGAUGACCCAUUGUGUUCAUUUGCCUUAGAAAGUAUAUCAUACGAGCAGUCAGCAAUAACGUAUGUGUGGAAAAACGAUGAGGAUACUCUUCGUAAGUCGCCAUCAUUGACGACUUUGAACGCGUAUCUAAUCCAGAACCAAACCAUCGCUUGCCCCAUCAAAGCGAGUUGGAGAGCUGAGGGUAAUUCACUUUACGAGGAAGAUGAAGAGCUGACAUGUAAUCUUUGCCAGAGACGGUUUGAGGAGCAAGGUAACUACAGCUGUCUAAAGGUCGACCUAAUAUUUACAAGAGACCGCGCGUUCUACUUUACUACAGUAUUUAUUCCUGGGAUAAUAUUGGUGACUUCCUCAUUUAUCACGUUUUGGUUGGAGUGGAAUGCGGUCCCGGCGCGUUCUAUGAUAGGUGUGACGACGAUGUUGAAUUUUUUCACAACAUCAAAUGGUUUUCGCUCCACCCUACCCGUGGUAUCCAACCUAACAGCUAUGAACGUGUGGGACGGUGUGUGCAUGUGCUUCAUAUACGCCUCCCUAUUGGAGUUCGUGUGUGUCAACUAUGUGGGAAGAAAACGACCUUUACACAACGUCGUCUACAGACCAGGGGAGAAUCCUGUUACUCAGCGACUGCCUGCAGUCCUGAGCAGAAUUGGCAUUAUACUGGCCAGCCCCUUGGAGGCGAUGGCAUUCCUACAAUGGGCUAAAUCAGACGCGAACGAGCCAGAGCCAGGCGGUGCCGGAGACAAAAAGAGAGAGUCGACAGGUGCUGCGGACCUAGUAUCGUGUGCUACGUGCACCGGAGCGCCGGGUUCCUGCACACACACUGCCAACAACGGAGGAGUAUCCGAGCCAUGUUUCGUCCAGGUUCGCAAAAAAGAACCACCUCAUCCGAUUCGCGUGGCGAAGACGAUCGAUGUCAUCGCGCGCAUCACCUUCCCCACAGCCUAUGCCGUGUUUCUAAUCUUCUUCUUUAUACACUACAAGGCCUUUUCUUAAUGCUGUCUCUACUUUACUUCCCGCUGCAGGCUGCUUCAUGUGAACUGGACAGUUAUAUUCUUAGAUCUUGUACGGAAGUACUUCUUUCACCGCUCGUAUGAAUUGGAUCGCGCUGCAAGUGACAACCUCCUCGGUGCAGUGUGUUCUCCUAAAGAGUGUUGAUGUUGACAUUUGUUGACAUUGCAAUUUGUGAUGAUUACUCACUAUAGUGAUAGUAUUUGAUAUUAGGAUAAGGGUCAUAUUUAAAGCUGAGAAUAGUUGCAGCUUGCCGUUGUUAAAUAGGACGUCAUUGAAGGUAUAUAUAUUAGAGACGAAUGCGAAUUUUCUACAAGUUUUGAAAUAGUUUUCAAAAAUUAUUCAUAAGUUGAGGAUCGCUGAGUAUGGGCACGAAUUUUAUUAGUUUCUUAUACCAGGAAACUUAGGAUAAAGAGGGAUCAAUAAAAUAUUACUAUGAAUAUUCUGCAUGUAUGCAGAUAACGAUACACGGGACUGUGUGAUGAGCAGUGAUCGAAUGCGCAUUCUAAAGGUGCGACUGAAUUGUGGUUUUGUUAGAAUAAAGAAAUCUAUUUCAAACCUUAAGACAGUCCAAAUGUAAAUCAUUGCUUUAAAUUCAUGAGACGUAUAUUUUAAGAUCGCAAAAGAUAACUUUUAUAUAUGUUACAUUUAAUCACCACUGUUUCCUUUAUUUAUAGUAUAUGUGACAUAUUAUGUAUAUAGUACACCCACACAAGUUAAAGUUGUGAUAAUAUCAUAAAUUCAAUGUUAAAUGUUUGCUUUUCAAAAGUUCUACAAAGUCAAUAGGAACGUGUAGAUUUUAUUGAAAUAUUUCCUGUAUAAUGUGUGUUAAAGUUUAGUUUCAAAAUACUCGAUUAGAUAUUAUAAGUUAAGAUGAAGCUCAAGACUCUUAUUUCACAAUGUAUGUAUUAGUGUAUGUACCUAUCGUUAUUAAGAUACAUUGGACUCUCGGAUUGUCUGUUUUUAUAAUAAUACUUCGUUUUAGUUUGUGAGCUGUGUUAAUGUGAAACCAUGAACAUGCCUUCUAACGUUAAUUAUCGGUUGCAGCCUUGACAUUGCGUACUAGGCUCUUAGACUCUAGGCAGGUACAACAAAGCCGCAUCACACUAUUGGGCACCAGUAUUUGUUUAUUUAAGGUGCCUAGUACUUUCUUACAAUCAAAUUAAUUUAAAUAAAAUAAUAUCUAAAUCAAUUUAUAGUCAUAUCCACUGAGUAGGUAUGUUGAAUCAAAUUUGAAUAAUGCAUACCGUAACACUGUUGCUUAUAUAAGUAUUGUCCCCAUUUGUUGUACUAGUUUUAUGUAUUACCUAUUUAAAUUAAACACUUGUUGUUCUUAAUAGCUCUGUUAGAAUGUUUAAUAACUGAUAAGAGGUUGUUUCUUUAUAAACGUAUUGAGGUAGUAAUGAAGCGCACGCAAGUUUUAAUAAUAAUCAAUGACCAGCCUUCAACAAAGAGAGAUAUAAUCACUAAAGUUGCUUAAGUAUCCAUGAUUUCUUAAUAACAAUCAAUUUCUGAUAAUUGUACAUUUAACCACACGGAAAAGAAGAACAAAAAUAGGAAAACGGCUCAACCAACUACAUUUAGGUAUACUAGUCCGGCUGUAUAAAAUGGGAGGUUAGGUUAGACAUUUACGGCAUAUUUAAGCCUUCAGUACCUAUUGUCCAAUGUAAUAUGUUUAAAUAUAUAUAUAUAUAUAUAUAUAAUAAAAUUAUAAAAGCUUAAUUUUAUACAGAUCGACCUAGUCCCACAGUAGAGGCUUGUGUUGUGGGUACUGGACCCCGUUUUUUUUCAGAUUAGAAAUUUUAUAACCUUUAACCGUGGUAACUUUUUUCCUCUAAAAUUUAAUCUGAGUAAUUAUGGUGUCGUUUACAUAUUAUUGUACCACAAUAUUAGACAUCAUAGGAUCCCUAGCAUUUCGGAAGAAAAAGUUAAUUACCACUACUUUUGAGGUUACAAAAAUUCUAAUCUUUAAAAAAUCGGGAUAUGGACAAUAUACAUAUAUAUUAUUAUAUAUGAUAUAGAUAUAUAAUAAUACUUAAUUAAUUAAUUGCUCAUUUAUGUUUUUUAUUACGGAAUGGACUGCAACGCAACAAUUUUUUCUAUGGUAACUGAAUAUACAUAUAACAAUUCAUGUAAUCACAACCACCAGCCGGGCUAGAUAUGUGUGCGUGUCAAUUGAUAGAUAAAUAAAUAAACAAGAGAAUCGUCGUUUCAUAUUCCAUGGUUAUUUUAAAUUAUUUAUUAACCCAUUGGAGCAUAUUGGAGACAACGCUACGCCGCGUAGAACACUAAAGCCUAAGGGCAAUUUUCGUGAUGUGGCAAAAUCGCUCAUAAGCGCGCGCGGCGCAUUUAGGGGGCAUUCCACAAAAAUGUCGGGGACAUGACGCGUAUGGCAGCUACCUUAAUAACCUGUAGAAUCUGUAUUAAAUACCUUUGAAUUUAAACAUAAGUUAUCAUACGUUACCAUGCCAAACAUCGGCUUAUUAGCUUUAUCAGAAGUGUUAAAAAAUUGCUUCACGUAAGUACCCAACCAAACACUGUUCUGGAAUGACCCUUAACUGGCUUUGACUACAUUAACAGAGUACGAACUACAGACUUUACCUCAUCUUUUACUGAAUAUAAUAUUAAACUAUUUUAAUAAUUAUCCAUAUUAUUUCUGAUGAAACUUGAUACCAUGCCUUUUGCUUAAUAAAGAGCGGACCAACCAGUCAACUGUUUUGGAAAGUAGAUUUUGUAGGUGUUUAAAAUAUAAUAAAGAGUACCUUUAAGAACAAAUGCGUUUUGGCUGUGCUUUGAUUCAACUUAUGUAAAUUUAAUAUACCUUUAAGGACCUGUCACGUCUUUUCAAAUUAAGUUUAGUAUAUAUUUUUUCUGGGAAAAUAUAUAUAAAUAUAUAUCCAACAUAGACUCGGUGUAACGUGUCUGUAUAAGGUUGCAAGUAGCUCUAGCUACUACGGUUUUAAUAAAAUCUAAUCAUAGCAUUAUUUACCUAAAUAACACUUAAGAGGAGAUCCCAUACUUUACUUAUGCUAUGGAGUACUGCAAAGCGAAAGUACUGCAAAUGCAAAACAAUAUGCUAUAAAAAUUGUAACAGAAACUGUUUAUGUUAAAUCAUAUAUAAAAAAAUGAUCUCUUGUUAUAUUCUGAUACGUUACUAAUAUUUUAAAGUUUAUUGAUGUUAGAGUACAAUGUUCCCAUUCCCAAUUUUUUUUAUUAAGUAUGAAAGUGAUACUACGUACUUUUAUUCGCAGUGUUUUUAACUAAUUAAACUAUAAGAUAAAAAUAACAUAUCAUUCGCUUUAUAAGAUAUCUACCUAAAUUGUGCUAUAUCCUGUAAAACUAAAAGUUGAAACUGAAAUGUAUAUUUUGUGCUGGCUUUCUAUAUUUGUAUCCGUUUUAUUUAUUAUUACUAAAUAAAAGUAUCGUAUAAGUGUUGUGCCUGGCAUUAGAUACUAAUAUUUUAUUUUAUAUGAUUAUUGUCUAUAUGAAAUGCGACUCAUUAAAAGGUCUGCUGCAAAUCGCAGUUACUAAAUACAACAAUUAAAAAUUGUAAUCUAAAUAUAAAACAUAUAAUUAUUAUUUAGGUAUAGCGCAAAAAUACUGCAAUACGAUAUUAUAUACGAUAGUAUAUUUGCAUAUACGCAUUACACAUUAUUAUUGUACUUACCUAUAACAAUAACAAGCCUCAUAAUGAAGUUGUUUUCUGUAAUUUUGUUUUGGUUUAUAUUGACUUGUGUACUUAUGUUGUUUUUUUCUGAUAAACGGUUAUUCUUUUCCUAAAUAAAUAUUUAAAAACAAGAAAAAGUACCAUUAAAAACAAUUCACUGUAUAGAAUAUAUGGCCAGAAGGCUUAUUUUUUUACAAGCUAUAAUUAAUAUAGCUCGGAACACAGUUACAUAGUUAUUUGUUUAGGUCAAAUUUAAUGUUGCAAGAAACACGAUAUGAACCAAACCGGUUCAUGAUGUCCACAUGUCCGAUUCAGCUGAAACUUAGCACACGUUCGCAAUAAGUAUGCAAUGUUAUUGUACCAUUAGGCUUUUCUGAUAUCCCUUCAAGUGGCAGAUCGCCGGCUCGUGGUCGAUAUUACGUUAUUUAAAAUUAAAAUUUGAUUAAUUGAGGUAAAAUCAAAAUUCCAACUACUAAUAAAUGACGUUGCCACUUGAAGGGUUAUUGUAAACUAAUGAAGGUGGUCUUAAGAUUUUAAAAUAAUAUUAAUAAAUAAGAAUACUGUAAUAAAAACAAUGUAGCCUCGUUGCUCGUUAGAGUCGUCGUCAUGAAGUGCUAGAUGUAUAAGAAGACGGAUUGUAUUGAAAAUAUUUUUUUUUUGUUAAAUGAUUAUUCAUGAUAAAUAAAUAAAUAUUAUAGAGACAUUCUUACAUAAAUUGACUAAGUCCCACGGUAAGCUCAAGAAGGCUUGUGUUGUAGGUCUGGGUACUCAGACAACUUAAUACUUAAAUACAUAGAAAACAUCCAUGACUCAGAAACAAAUAUCUGUGCUCAUCGCACAAAAAAUGCCCUUACCCCCUUAAUUAUUAGUUAUUAUUAUUAAUUAAUAAUUAUUGCCUCAAUUAUUGUUUGCUUAAAAGUAUUGCGUAUGGUUAUUAAUGUUAGACAAUUGUCGACUCUUUUUACGCAUAUUUGUAAAAUAACAAUACGAUAGAUUCAACAUGGCUGAAUGUAUGACUAACUCCUCCAUUAACUUUCCAGUAAGUCCUUCUAAAAUAUCUUUUUUAUAUUACUUCUUGUGAAUAGUUUUUUUUAGGUCUUCGGCAAAUUAUUUCUACAUUUAUAUCUGUACCAGUUUGGCUUCAUAAACGUGUUUCAAUUGCUGUUGUUAUCCAGUUUGAUAUACAAAUACAAAUUAUUUAUUUGCCAGAAUACAGUGGGUGGUUAGAUGGUGACAUAAAAUUAGAAGUACAGUGUAGUGAGUGUACUCUACUCACAAUUGAGCAUGCAAAAAUUAUAAUAUAUCAUGUCAUGCAAUCAAAUUAAAUAAUUAAAAUAACGAUAAUUAAAAUCACAAUAAAAUAAAUUACAAAUCAUUUAGUCAAUCAAUUUGGAUAAAUUUAUCUGAGACGUUUAAAACCUUUUAUAUUUGUUCAAACACCUAAAGAACAUAUAAUAAACAUUAAAUACUGCCAUUCAAUUUAUUUUCGAACGAAAGUUUAUUUGCAUUGCUAGUAAAUUUUGGUAAAAUUAGUUUUUGUAAAAUACUUGGACUCGUCCAAUUUCGUAGGUGUGUUGUGUAAGCCACUGGUGCUUAACUCGACUCUACAAUCAAAUAUCAGGCUUGUACCAUAAUACUAGAUGAAAUUAGUACAGACCAGAAUGGCUAUGGAUUUAACCCAAACAAAAAAUCAAGGAGAAAUGAAUCAUCUGUACUUAAUCGAUAAUUAUUAACCUCGCAUAAUCUUGUCUUUUCUUUCUUUGAUAGAACUAUAUUUUUCAUUGAUUAUGCAUUAAGUAUAAGUAUCAAUUUACUUUUAAAAUAAUACUACUAGAUGAUAAUGAUAAAAUUGUAUUAAAUUAACCAUUUUCUUGCAGUAAAAUUAUUUUCUUAUUAUAUUGCAGUUACUAGUUGGAUUUUUUGUUCAAGAAAAACAAUAAGAGACUUUAAAUUAAAAUUAUCAUGAGUUAUACUAACAUUGUGGCAAAUAUAGAACCGGUUAAAUCACGUAUUAAUUUACUAUAGGCGCCUUAGGUACGUGCUUAUCCCAAUUAAGGAUUCCCGACACAGAAAGAUGUCGCGUUAACAGUGAUAAAAUACUUCAACUGAACCAGAAGUGUUAAUCAAUAAAAAUUCUAGUCAAAUGUAAAAAUAAGAGGCAGCUAUUAUUUUACAUGUACCUUCUUUUGUAAACCAUUGCUGACGCUACAAUGCUAUCGCCAGCUAAAAGUAGCUAUAAUCAAAUUGGGUGUCCGUAGCGGUUACAUUCAUCGGUUGUAUAUGUAUAAGUAAUUAGACGACAUAAAGCGACGAAAAUAUCCCUCUAAAAAGCACGUGUCCAAAAACCUAUCAAAUCCAACCGAAUACUCUAAACCAAAUUCUACUUCGAUAACAGGCAAAUUUUCGUAAAAUGAGCAAUGAAUAUUGAGGCUGUGACUUUAACAUUUUAUCAGAUAAAAAAUGUUGUACUUAUGUCGAUGUCUUAGAUUGUAUGAUCUUCACAUGCCAAUAAAUAAGACGAACAAGAGAAAAAUAUCUUAGAAUAUACUGCCUAUGUAUCCAUAAGUAGAUACAUACCUACAUAUAAAUAUGUAUAUAUAUUAUGAUCAUAAUAUUUAUUAUAUACUUACCGUCGCCCGGACACCCUGUUUUUAGUAUCUAGGUAAACAAAAUUAAUUAGGAGAAGUAUGUAAAAUGUAUAUCAUAUUUAGGUAAAAAUAUAUAAAAAGGCACGAAAAGACAUUAGUGAGAUAAAUAUAUAAUUACAUAAAUAAACAAUAUUCAUUAGUAGUUAAUGUUAAAAGCUCUUUACAUUGUUCGGAUUGUUUAUAAUUGAACGUAGGAUAUUUAAAUUUUCAAGACCCAUGCUCACAUUAAGUGACAACCAAUUUGAUUUCAAUUUAAAUCAGAUUAAAUCUAAACUAUAUGAGGGAGUGCAACAAUUUAUCCAAUCUCGAUAAUUAAUAAUCGUACGAUUACUGGGCCAUUUUAAUUAAAAUUGAACAUUAAGUACACUUUUUUAUUUGGAAAUUUUUAUGUUAUUUAUAUUCAGAAUCACGAGCUCCCUUCGACAGAAAAAAACGUCUCAAGGUUUUUUCCAUCCGUUACCAUUUUUCAUAGACUUCGUAACGAAACGGAAGGAACGAAACAUGAAUAUAAAUUUAUAAAUUGUUUAUACACAUUAGUACAUAUGUCAAUCACAAUGAAAAAAUUAUCAAUGAUCAACUCUGGCUAACGUGGGAUUUGAACCCACAUUUUUGGAUUGUCGAUAAUACAAUUUAUAGUUUGUAAUAUGGUACCUAGUACCUACGUUUAAAUUCAUGAAUAGAAGUUUUUGAACAUUUUUUUGUCCUAUUAAGAAAGAGCUUAAGAUUCUGAGUAGGUUUCACAUAAAAAUAUCCAUGGUUCAAAGAGUCCAAUGCAGUAAAAUCAUUUUUAAGAAUUUUAUAACUGUAUAAAAUAUUAAAACAAUACAAGAAGGUAUGGGUAUGCCGUGCUACUGCUAUACAACAGAAGUAACAAUUUAGUUGUAACAACACAACAAAAUUGGAAAAAAGGCAAAUUUAAAUAGAGAAAAUGUAAGUACACGAUCAUCCCUACAAAAACAUUGUAUAUUUUCUUUUUUAUAAUUUACAUUUAGAUAAAGCCUCAUCCGAGCAAUUAAGUAGGUAGUAGGUAGGUGCCUUCGCGUGUUCAAUCAAUGUACCUAAUAUCAAAGGAAUCAGAAGCCUUUAUACACAUUUGCUUUAUAUGUAUUUAAUUUAAGUUUAAACUCAAGACCAAUGAAAACGGGUCACUUUGCACAGAAAUGUUCAUACGAUAUAACCCGUUUCUGAUCACCUAGGUGGGAAUCGUAAAGAAAGCUGAAGAAAGUUUCGUGUUAGCCGUAAAAAGUACCAAUCUUCAUAUGCAAGUUGCUGAAAGUUUCCAUAAAGUUGGAAAUAGUUGUCAGAAACUUUAAAAAAUGUACAAUAUAUAAUAAAAGUUUCCAUUUUGGAAAUAGGAAAUCUUAAGAAGUUCGCUAGAUCCAUAUGGAAAAUUUCGGAAUUUUGUAAACUUUCCACCAACACAUAUAUAAAAGUAUCGUGCUACAACAGUUAUACGUUAGCAUAUUUCGAAUAUGUAAAGUUAUAGUCAAAGCUAAUAUCAUAUUUGUAUAAAGCAAUCACACUUUGCUAGUGGUUCAGUAUUUCAACCGUGUAAUAAGGAAUCAAGUAAAAUUUAUGUGCAUUAUAAAUUUAAGAUUUUGUUUAAAAAAAUACUCGUAGUUCUAGUAUGGAAUAUUGCGCUACAUGUAGGUAAGGGCAAAUAGUUCAUGCGAUAGCCUGUAACGUCACCGUAUCCGCGUAUUUUUUGUAAUUUGUAUAGCUGAUAAUGUACACUCUAUUUUUAUUAGCUACGUCAUAGACAAAGCAAUAAUAAGACUCACAAGGUUGAGUAACAUAACACAGGCCUCUGGUUUAACGGAUAAAGUAGAUGGCGCUAUAAGGUGUGUAACCUAUCGCUUAACAACCUAAUUACCGCAAAAUGUACGACGGCGUACAGCGCCAUCUAGUUCACUGUUAAAAACUCGCCGACUUUGUGCGUGUUUUGUCUAUGGUUACAUUACAUUUAUAAUUUAGUUGAAUAAAUGCAUCCUCACGAAUUACAGUAAAUAUAUUGUAGUUCGAAUUUAUUACGGUAUUGUACAAUAAUCACUGACACGCCAUAGCCUUUGUAAAUAAAAUGUAUGCGAUGAGUGGCCAUCGUGUUUGUAAUGUGACUGCAAAACUGUAGCAUUGUAAAUACUUUUAAAGUAAAAUUUAUGAAUUACAAUUUUCAUCAAAUAAAACACAAAUUCAAUUUA